GGAGGAGAGGCAGGGCGGCUGAGCCCCGACGCUGCCCGCCCGUCCCUCGGUGCGAUCCGCUCCGCCGCCCACUGCUGCCCGGGGCUCUGCUGGCUGCCUUGGAAAUGUCCUUCCUACCUGACUUUGGCAUCUUCACUGUGGGCAUGUGGUCGGUUGGUCUCGGAGCCAUCGGUGCAGCCAUAACAGGGAUUGUGCUUGCCAACACUGACUUCUUUUUGUCCAAGGCAGAAAAAGCAACACUAGAAUUUUUGGAGGGGAUAGAGCUAAAAACUUUGGGGUCAGAGCCAAGAACAUUCAAAGCAGGUGAACUGUGGAAGAAGAAUGGUGCAGUGAUCAUGGCUGUGAGAAGACCUGGAUGUUUUUUGUGCAGAGAGGAGGCUUCUGAGCUUUCCUCUCUGAAACCUCAGCUGUCCAAGCUGGGUGUUCCUCUCUAUGCUGUUGUAAAAGAGAAGAUAGGGACCGAAGUUGAGGAUUUUCAGCAUUAUUUCAAAGGAGAAAUCUUCCUGGAUGAAAAGAGAAGCUUCUAUGGCCCACGCAAACGAAAAAUGAUGCUGUCAGGCUUCUUCCGCAUUGGAGUCUGGCAAAAUUUCUUCCGUGCUUGGAAAAAUGGUUAUAGUGGUAACCUGGAAGGAGAAGGGUUCACUCUGGGAGGAGUAUAUGUGAUUGGAGCAGGAAGACAGGGUAUUCUAUUGGAGCAUCGUGAGAAAGAAUUUGGUGACAAAGUCAGCCUUCCAUCUGUCCUUGAAGCUGCUGAGAAGAUACAGCCACAGGUUUCAUCAGCUGAAAAAUAGUUGCACGUUUUUCUGAUCACAGCUUGAAAUGUAGAACAUAUCUGUUUCUUGAAUGUGCAAUUUAAUUGCUUCUUAACUAUUUAGUGAUUAGUGCCGAAGAAAGGUUCACUUUUCAAAUAUAAUAACUGAUGAAAACCCUUUCAGAUUUUUUGUGGCUUUGCUGUCUUUCAGGUGGUCAGAGUUUCAGCUGACUUUUUGUGUCUGACUGUAUUAAUGAAAGGCUGGGUCUAAAAUCUGACAUAGCCUAGAUGUUUUCAGUCAGAGACAGUCAGUUGAAAGCCUGUCUACGUAGGGGAGCAAAACCUUGCUAAACCUGGAGAAAUUAACCUAAGGUUGAAGGGUAAUAAAAUUUUAUGUGGAUGAAAUAUCUUCACUCUUUUUUUUUUUUUCCUUAACACGUAAACACAUCUGUAUUUCUAAGAAAUCAUCUGGUCCAAUUCCUGUCUCUAUGCAGAACCACCCAAAAUUCAAACUCUAUAUUUAGGGGCAUUAUUUAAGUGCUGCUUGAACUCCAGCAGUUUGGUGUCCUGAUCACUUCCCUGGGAGUCUGUUCCAGUUUCUGACCACCCUCUUGGUGAAGAUCUUUUUCCUCAUAUACAACCUGAGCCUUCCCUGAUGCAGCUUCAUGCCUUUCCCUCAGGUCCUAAAUCUUGUCAGUCUAGAUAAGUCAAUCCUGACAAAAUCCUGUCAGUCUAGAUAAUUCAGAGAUUCUGCAUUCAAGGCAUUCUUUUGUAUUUUGAAUAACUACCACAUCUACCCAAGUGAGUUUCUUGUUAAUUAAAGGUUCUGAGAAUUCCAGCUGUUUGUGUGAUUGCCUGCGAGGAAGAUAGAAGACAUCUAAUGUUCUCUCCAGAAGAUAACUGUGAUAUGAGAGCGAGUUCCUUUUUGUGUUUGUGAUUCUAAAAAAUGGGAAACAGUAUGAAAAAAACAGACUAUGUAGAGCUUCCAUUUCUAAAUGUUCUGCAUCAAGUGUCCUAGAAUAUCCUUAACCAGCUGGCGUAUGUAUGAAAUAACUUUGGGUGGGGGAGAAAAAAUAUGGGCUGGAACAUAAUGAGAUAGCAAAAUAAUUAAACAAUUAAUGUUUUGUCCUGGCAGGAUACAAUUCAUACCUGUCAUUCUACUCUUCUGGCCUUAGAAUUUAUGAAACUUUGCUGCAUCAUUGAUACAGAAGGCAGGGAUUCUUUGUACCUCUGAAACUUUGGUAAUAAGCCUGUUAUUGUUAUUUUUGGUAUUAGUAUUAUUUUGUUAUAUUGUUAUUUUGCCUAGCCAUAUGUAUGGUCAUGCAUGGUGAUGACUAUAUGAAAACUAAAAGCUGAAACUUCACAAGCACUGAAGAGUGGUAUUGAUUUGUGUUAAAUCAGUUGUGCAAGUUCUGCAAUUGUGUCAUUAUGGGUAAAAUCCUGACUUAAAAUGUCUAAACAGACCUAAUUUUAACUAAUAUGCACUCUUCAUAGUUUUUUGUUCACUGUUGCCUGAAACAGCACUAGCAUUGAGGAUUUUGGGACAAAAUCUAUAUUCAUCUGUCUUCUUCCAUAUUUGUUUCACAAAAUCUAGUUAGAUGUUUAUGUGCAUGUUCUCAGUUGUACUGACUGUCUUGGUUAGUUUAGGUGCUUGAAUAAAAUAAGUGUCCUGGUGUUGUAUGAAGGUGUUUAGGUUAAAAGCAAAAAGCUUUAGUAUGGGGUUCUUAGUUUUUAGGUUUUCAGAACCUGAUGCUUGUGGUGGUGUUAAGGAGUUGAGACACUAAAUGACAGAGUGGAGAUGGGCUCCAAUGGAAUCCAGAGCAGCCAGAGAACUGCCAUGAGUUUGCCCCAAGAAGAAAAGAAUUCUCUGAAGGCUCUUUGUCCUGUUUUUGUAUUGUUUUAAGAAAGUACCCAUAACGUGAGUGCUCACCUAACAGUUGUCUUUGACAGGCAUGUUGUUAUUUGGAGUGCAGGUGGUAGGAAACACAAAAGAGAUGAUGGAAGAAAUACCUGAGAGCUGCUGUUUCUUACCGUGCAAGAUGCUACUAAUAAAAAGGAACUUACAACAGGAGCAGACUUCUGCAUCAGAACUCUUACUGAGUUUUGAGUUGUGCUUUAUUUGCAGUGGGAAUGGGAGGCUUUGUCUUUUGCAGAGGACAGAUGCUGCAAAAAGACAGGCAAGCAAGUACUGAGCUCAGAGAGAUCUGGAUUUCAGGCCUUGUUCCAGUGGCUGUUUACACAUUUUACAUAAACAGUCCUUGGAGUAUGGGCUGGAAGACAGAUAAAUUCCAAGAAAUGUCAUGUCAAGUACUUCAGAACUCGCUAAGCCAUGUACUUGAAGUUUUGUUGGAUGUGCAGUUGAAUUUCACCCUUUCUGGCAGAGUUUGCCUAUGGUUCUUUUGAGUCAAAGUCCCGAAGGUCUCUUAUGAGAUAAAAGCCACUGUGUUGCAGCCCUGCUGUUAUUCCAACAAAAAGGCUAUUGUUUUGUGGCCCUGGAAAUCAAGUCAGGAAACCACUAGGUCUAGCAUUUAGAACAUUUAGCCAAAGGGUAAUGGCUGUUAAGUAUGUACGUCACUAAUGCUAUAACAUGAUGAAGCAUACGCUUAAGCAUAGAAAUGGUUUCAGAACUGCAUGUUCUCUAUGCUCCAUCAGCAGAGGCAUGCAUACAGUAACCAUGUGAGACCUCCAAAUAUGGGAAUGUGCCUUCUGUCACUGUUAACAGCAGCAGUUCGUGUAAACAGCUGAAGGAACAGUGUUCUUCUGGAUUUGAAAGGUAUAUACAUUUACUCACAUGUCAAAAUUCUUUAACCACAUCUUUCAGAGGUCAGCAUAAAUUUGGAGAUACAAAAAGUACAAAUGACGUUUGAAAACGUUGAGAAUUAGCGAUUAAACUUUUUUUUAAUAAGCCAGCCUCGGGAUUAUUUGGAGUUGCCUCAUUCUUUCCGAACUCCACUUUGACAGAAUACAAAUGCAGAGGAGGGAAGAUACAUGGUGCCUUGGAGCAGUUAGUAAGGCUAUGAAAAGGGCAGUCUCAAGGAAAAUAAAGGGGCAGAGAACGGCAAGGGAGGAGCCAUUCAAUCGCAUGUGAAUUCCCAGUGACAGGUACUGUUCAAGGUCUGAAUGCCUGGUUUAAGAAAAUGUUUUCUUCUGUAAGUGUUGAUUAAAAAAUAGUAUUUUUAAUGUUGUUGAUUUUGUUGUGUCAACAGCUACCUCUGCUGGCCCUGUUCCUUACUCAUAUUUAAAGCUUUGAUGUUUUCUUCAUUUAACACAAGUAUACAGUAAGUCUUUUGUCAGUGCACCAAAUACAACAUCACAAUUGAACACUCAGUUGCUUACUGGAAAUUCUAAUGCUGGGAGCACUAGUAAUUGGAAACUUUCUUAUUCUGGGUUUGAACAAUAAAACUCUCCUGUAGUAUUUUCUUUUCAA